AUUUCAGAUUUUUGAUGAAUGCGGGGCUCUCUGGGGCUGUCGUGGCUAACGAUGCUUUUCUCGCAAUCUCAGUCUCAAGUGGGGAGAGUGAACAACAAACUCACUUUUCCCCUCAACCGGCUGAACUUUGUUUUAUUUUCGUCACUUCUCUUCUCAAUUCUGCUGCUGACCUUCCCUAUGACUGUGCAUGCUAAGUCAAAAUCGUCACAGCAGAUAGAAGAUAGCUGCAAAGAGUGUAGGGAAAUGGUAGGCAUGUUUAUGGAUGAGUUCAGGGCCACUGACACGGGACUGUAUGAAGGAGGCGACACUGCAUGGGAGGUGAAGAAUCUGAAGGACUAUCGAAAGAGUGAACUGAGACUGAUUGAGAUCACGGACAAGAUGUUCAAAUCGAAGAAGGACAAAAUUAGCCGAAUGCUAGAGAAGGUAGAAGAUGACUUGGAGAGUUUCUGGUUCUCACACUGGGACCAUCUGAACGCAGAAGGAAACAGUGAACUGGAAGACUAUCUCUGUGUCUCACUUCUCAAAUACUGUUGUGCCUAUGGCCACUUUGGACCAGACUGUCUGCCAUGCAGAGUCAGACACGAGGACUUCGCGCACAGUACUGACCCGAAGACCAUCUGUUUCGAUCAUGGCACCUGCAGUGGAAAUGGCACGAGGACCGGAACUGGCGACUGCAAGUGUGAUUCGUGGCACCAGGGUAAGUUCUGCGAUGAGUGCAAGAAGGGAUACACACGUGAUGAAGGGGAAGAUGCAUUCACCAUGUGCAGAGAUAUAGACGAAUGCAACGACCUUGACAAUCACAACCCAUGCGUGGAAGGAGAGUUCUGUGAUAACUACCCUGGAUACUUCAAAUGUGAAAAGUGCCACCCAGCUUGCAAUGGUGGACCAUGUACGGGAUUCCUGGCAAAAGACUGUACAGUUACCGCAUGUGCCGAGGGAUAUGAACUGAUCCCAUCGGACGAGGAAGAGGAGGAAAAGGCUGAUGAAGAGAACGGUGGAAGUGAUGUGGACCAGGAGCGUCCGAGGGGGUGUCGAAAGAUCGGAAGCGAUUCGGAUGAGGAUGACGAGGAAGGUGAGGAUGAUGAGUCGGAGGAAUCUGACGAUGAUUCGGAUUGGUCCUCGGAGGGUGAUGAUGGUACUGUGUACUUUAACCUUGAAAAAAUGAACGCUAAAUCGAUGAAGCCUAAACGGAGUAAAAAAGUGGAGAGGAAACCACCAAUAGAUGAUAAAAUAGAGUAUGCGAAUAAUGGAGAAAUUGAUAAUAUGGGCGAUGAUGGAAUCGAGGAUGACACCAAUGACUUUCAAAAUGCCAACAUAAAAGACUUUUCGGAGUUGUAAACCAAGUGUAGUAUGUGGUUAGAUCACCUUAUCGGCUUGACCGUUCAAGGAAUCAUGAGUAUCAUUUUCCGUUUCAAUGAUAGUGAGUGAAGAGUGUUCUUGUAAUUUGGCUUCAAAUUUGAGGAACGAAUUGCUUGCAUAAAUCAGCCCUUUUAUCUGCACUGGACGUUUUGCAUCUAGUUUUUGUUUUUAUUAUUUAAUAAGCUUCUGGGCUGAUUUUUGAAGUGCAACGGGGGAAUGAAUAAAUUUGAUACGGUCUAUUGCCAAAUAGUUCAUAUUCAAAACAUGGUGCUUAAUGGGCUUGAUAUUGUGCCUUUUUUAAUCAGUAUUACAAAUACUUAAACCAGGAAUUUUCUUACGUAUAUGUGGUUUUUGAUCAUUUACUGUACUAUCAAUAUCAUGUUUUACUUGAUUUUAUGGCUUAAAUUCAUUAAAUUAUUAUUCACGA